ACGUCAGAAAGUCACAAAAAGAGAGCUGCAAAAAAAAAACGGCAAGACAAACGAGACGAUAAUCAGUCGGAAGAAGCGCAGAAAAUCAGUCAAAAUAUACGUGUGAAUUUUGGUGACGAGUCUUCUUUCCCGCAGCAGCUAAAAAUUAAAUCACCGUUCCGGGACAAUGGCUGCAUUCUAAGAGGCAUUUAAUUCGUGUGGUAAACAAUCACAAAUCGUCAUGAACAACUUGAAGGCGCCGUCGCUGCACUCGCUGCUCGAUUCCGACCAUGGUUCGUCGAAUGACAGUCUGCUGGCCGAAUCGCUGCAACUGGACAUCGAAGAGCUGGACGAUGAGGAGUACUCCAUCCCAGCGGUGGAUCAGCUUCCGACAUUGGAGAGUGUCCUCAGCGAGAUCGAUAGUGACCUGGACAGCGUUUCGGCGCUGGGAAGAACGCUGGUCGAUGGAUCCGGAGGAGCUGGCAGAGACCUGGGCUCGACGCCGACUCCAUCGAUGGCCGAAGACUACAUGCGAAUGGAGUCGAUUCUGAGGCAUGUCGUUCUGCAAGGCGUUACGGCUCAGGUGACAUCCGCCGUGGAACGGGUGGAUGCCGGUCUGGCUACUUCGUGUACGGUUUCACAGAUGAUUGCCGUGGGAACGUCCCAUGGGCACAUUUUGGCCUUUGACUGUUCGCAAACUCUGAAGUGGUGCUGCCAGGAUGGAGUAACACAGGGAGCCGUUUCGGCGUUGGCUUUCAAUGAAGACAAUACCCGACUGCUGGCCGGAUUCGCCCGGGGGAGCAUACUGAUGAUUGAUACCUUUACGGGAGAUGUGAUUCGGACUUUGAACGAAGUGAUAACCCCGAACACGGGAGUGUUGCAUUUGAAAUGGACCAAUCGACCCGCGUUGGCGCUCUGUUCAGAUUCCGGUGGGUCUGUUUGGAGUCUGAGUUUCACAAGGAGGCUGGGGAUUCGAGGCUGUGAUUCUCGGUGCUUGUUCAGUGGAGCUCGUGGCGAAGUUUGCACGGUUGAACCCCUACUACUAGGCGACGAAGAACACCCGUUGAAGAACUACACUUUGGUUGCGUUGGCCACGUUGAGCAAGUUCUUUGUCGUCAUGAUUCGUCCCAGACUUAAGGUUAUCAAAUUCCAUCCGAUGGCUGGCUAUCCAGAUUGCUUACCGCUGCUGGCCUGGCAAAUGGUGUUAAUACAAGCCGCAGAUUCAUCCCGAACCGUUGAUCCUGUGCUGGCUGCUGCUCGCGGAGCAGAUUUAUACUUCCAUCAAAUCAGCUAUUGCAACGGACGGAUAUCGCUUAUCUUUCUUCGUCAUAUUCAGCUUGGCUAUAAUCUCCUUGCUCUGCACUGGCUAGGGCCCAAGACGAUCGCCUGUUUGGACACGAUGGAAAUGCUACACUUGUCUGAUGUUCGGACCAACAAAGAGCUAGAAACGAUUGAUUUGUCGAACGUUGGUCUGAUGUAUAAUUCUGCUCAGUUCAAGGGUCUUGCCACCGGUGGAAACGUCUCUCCGGCGCUAGCUUUGGCUGGUGGCUCGGCUUGUUACAACACGGUAGUCUCGCAGGGCAGUCAACUCUAUUUGCUGGCCGGCAAAAGUCUUCACGGGGUCAGUGCAAGAGCUUGGAGCGAUAGGAUUUCCUAUCUGACGUCGAUGCAACGAUGGGAAGAGGCCAUUGAACUGGCCGUGGAAGGAUUCCGGGCUGCUGCUGGACGGCAUCGUCGAUUAGCUGUUGCCAAAGAGCGAAUCCUUCGCAUGUUCGACGAGUACUUGAACGCUACUCGCAAAACGCCAGAACUGUGCCUCGAAGCGAUGGUGGCCUGUCUGAUCGAGAUAAAUGAAAAAAAUCUCCUCUGGCAAGAGCUUUACGAUCGUCUUCCUUCCACCGACCACUUCCUGAACAUCAUUGCGCUGCAUAUCGAGAACGACAAUCUCAAUUCGGUGGCACCUGCCGUAGCGCAAGUGCUUUGCGAUUACUUCCUACGCAAACGGGACAUCACUCGGCUGGAGGACAUCAUCCUCAAGCUGGACUGGCAAUGCUUGGAUCUGCAUCAGGUGCUCACCAUCUGCCGCAAGGAAAGCCUCUAUCGAGCGCAGAUGUAUCUGAACACGAAAGCUCUACGAGAUUACACCAUUUCCCUGACGGAUUUGAUUCCGAUCAUCAACGACCAAAACGACUCCCAUCUGGGCAAUUGUCUGCUGGUGUACGUUUCCAGUUGCCUCGCUGGUCGGGGCUAUCCAACGGGAGACAUUGAACCGGAGAUGAUUGCCACCGUAAAGCACGAAGUUCUGCGGUGUCUAACAGUGAUCCAUUCGAAAAAUGCCCCCGAAAAUGAGCUCCCCUAUCCGUAUCUCAGGACGCUCCUAGAGUUCGACACCCGAGAAACGUUGAAUGUGAUUUCACUGGCUUUCCAAGAGAAGGAAUUCAACGGAGAACUUGGCCUGUCUCAACGCCAACGAAUCAUCAACAUCUUGCUGGAAAUACUCACUCCGGAACACGCCAGCUGGUCUCAGAUAGGCUGCUUGCUAAACUUCAUUGCGCAACAGAUUGCCUCCCGCCAAUUACCGGAAAACGAAUUGCUGUUAGAAAGAGUAAUAACCUACCUGACGAGACAAAGUGACGAAAUUGCCAUUGGCCGUAUGACCCGCAGAGAACACUCCGAACAGGAGCAGACCUGGUUGGAACUGCUGCGCUCCAACUGCCUCAGUCACAUUCCGAAUGAAGAUCUGCUGGAGAUUUCGCGCCACGGACGGUGCUAUCGAGUGACGGAAUACAUUCUGGAGCAACUUGGCCGUUACGAGGAAAUCUUCGACUGCUACCUGUUGGAUGAGUUUCGGCAUGCAGAGCUGUUCAACUACAUCAGCCAGUACAGUGAAGAUGAACGGCGACAGGUGCUUCCACUGUUCGUCAAGAACUUCAAAACGAUUUUGGACAUCAGCUGCGAACAAACGACACGAGUCGCCACGGACCAGUUCAUGAGACAUCUGAAUCAUAUUCUCCAACUGUUGCACGACUGUCCGGAGAAGCUUUUCCAGUUUCUGCGGCAGCUCACCAAACAAGGCGUCCAGCUGGAAACACGUGACUGUGAAAAGUAUCUGGAACUGCUUUGCCAAUAUCAGCCGGAGGAGGUGAUUGAGUUUUUGAAAUCGAACGAUUCGUAUCGGCUGGAUUUCGCCGUCAAAACCAUCAAAGGUCACGGGAUGAAUACGGCGCUGAUUUACCUUUAUGAGAAGCAGGGUGACUACCAAUCAGCCUAUGCAGUUGCAGUGGAAGCCCUAAAAGAUGCUCCGGAAAGUACGGCAGAGAUGUGCGCCUUGCAGGUGUCUGGUUUAUGCUCUCGGGCUUCCACCGUCCUUUCCGAAGCCGAACGUCAAGAGCUUUGGUUUUCACUGCUGAAAAUUGUUCUCUCCCGAGCCGAUCUAACGCAAAUAACGAAAAAUAUUCUCCAUUCGGCAAGCGAAUUUGUCGAUUUGGCCAAACUGGUUCAGCUGGUGUUGACCUCCGGAACAAAGACCGGCAAUUUUGGCGACAUUAAACACGUUCUCAUCGGCAUGCUUUCAAAUUCAGCUUACGAAACGGUGUUGCUGGAAACCACUUCGCGAAUCCUAGGACGAGAUCUGCACGCAAUCCUGGCCCGAGAACGUCGUUUCGCUAGGAGAGGACUUUGCGUAAAGACCAUCAAGUGCACCAUCUGUCGCUGUAAGCUAUAUAAUGGCGCCAAAGAAGCCAUCGUCGUUUUCGGAAACUGUGGCCAUGCGCUGCACAAAGAUUGCGCCAGCCGGUACUGCACUGUUGGAACGGAUUCCCCUUCGACGGAAGAUAUCAAGAGCUUGACGAAAAUGAGAUGCCCAAGAUGCGACGUGGUCAUCAGCGAACGGGAGUCGGUGAGCACCUCGGAAUGUCGCGUUGAACUGGGACCGGUGAACAUGCCAAGCGAAUCCAGCACACUGAAAUUGAGUGCCCCUCCACGAAUCGGCCUGUAGUGUCGUCGGACGAUGUUUCUAUUGAUCUCUCAAAUGUUCUGCUUUGCUGUUCCUACUUUCGAACAGCAGCAUUAGUUGCCAUCUGUUUGACCCUGACCAGCGGACGGACGGGGUAAGUUUUUUAAAGACUCUAUUCCAAAUUAUUACAUUCUGUAUUAUGUAAUUAGCAAUCUAUUUUGUGAACGUUCAAACUAGAACUAAAUUCUUUGGCUGAUUUUAACCACACACACAUUUAGCAUUUUCAAAUCAAGCCAGUCAAAAACCAAGGUACUCUAUAAAACAUUUAGCAAUUCUUACUACCUAAGUUAAAAAGUAUAUAUUUGAAGAUUAUUUGUGAUUAAGUAUACUAUUUAUUACAUUUACGCAAUUAGAUAAAUGAAACAACCAUAACGAAAGCAUACACAUUACACAAUGUUACACUCACAAAAUGAUGUUCACCAUGCAACAAUCGAUAAUGCGCCCAUAGUCGAAAAUGUUAGUCCACAUAGAGAAAGCACCUCAAAUUCCGUGUCCGUGGUGUUUUGGAGACCGAAGUAUAGACAAAUAAAUGUUUUCAUCAUUAGAGAAA